CAUACCCUUUUCCUCAUUUGUUGGAAUUUUGUGAUUAUGGCUUUCCAUGCAGCGAGAUACUGGAGAUCAAUGCAGGCUUCCUUAGCAAGGAAGCGCUCUGUAUCCUCUACAACUCCAAGAACGAAACUAUUCUCUUCAACAAAUGAUGCUCACCAUCAGAGCAAGUUAGUAAUACAACAAUUUUAUACAAUGUUGCAGAAAUCAGUAGGCGAUGGAGCCACUCAGCACUUUAGGCACUCUAAAGCAGGGGAAAUGGCCCCUAUUUGGGUGUUGUGGGGAUUCGUCUUUCUAGCAGUUGCAGUUGGGGUGCAUACAGCGAAGCAGCACCUGGUGCACUCACCAAUGGUUAGCAUCAUAAAGAAGAGGAGGGAAUCGAUAUGGGAGGUCGACAAUCCUGAUCAUGUCAUCGGCAAUGUUGAGAAGUUCGAGAAUAAGUCUCUCCUGAGGAAGUUGGCUCACAUUCAAGAUGAAAAAUACGCUCAAUCCGACCCAACUCUCCCCAACUUCUAUACCAGGCCACGCAAAGCGGAUACCCUCAAAAGUGUUGGUGUUGAUUCAAGCAACCACUAACUCUAUCCCAUGUGGAAUAAGAGAUGAUGGUUUCAUUUUAAUUUUGUCUACUAGAAGGUUCGUCAUGUUUUCAUGUAUUUUUUCGCUGAACUUCUACUGUUUUGGAAUAAGAGGUGAACACAUCCAGACUUUAAUUUUAACACUAUUUUAGUGGUGAAUAUUGUCAAUUUUCUCAACAAUUUAGGAAUAAAACUAGGAAUAGUUU